CCAGCAAUCAGCCAGUUUAUAUUCUCUUCUUCUCCAUAAGUACAUCACCGACCAUUUGGAUUUAUUCUUUGAUCACUACCAUGUUCUUUAAUAUGAGAAUUUUUCCUUUUUGAGUUCCUGUUUUCUUGCUUAAAGUUCGGUUCUUGAAAUAUCGAGAAGAAAAAAAAACUGUCUGGGAAUGUAACGGAUAGUUGAGUUUUGGGCUUUUGAAACUUGGGUUCAGUGAUUUUUUUGUUGAGUUGAAUUGGUACUUUUAGCGUUUAUAAUUAGAUGGGGAGGAAGAACAGAAGGGGUUUUAAUGUGAAGGAAGCAAUAAAAUUUUUGAAUCAGGUGCUGGAAAAAAAGCCUUUUCUUCCUUUUGUAAUUCUCUUGUUUUUAGUGGUGUGGGGAAUUGAGAAAUGGUUUUUUUCUCUCUCUAAUUGGGUUCCUCUAGCUAUUGCUCUCUGGGCUGCUUUACAGUACGGAAGCCACCAACGCCACAUUCUGGUUGAAGACUUGAACAAAAAAUGGAUGCAAACCUUGCUGCAGAAUUCACAAACUACACCUUUGGAGCAAUGUGAGUGGCUAAACAAGCUAUUGCUGGAAAUAUGGGAGAAUUACAUUGGCCAAAGGCUAUCUUUGAAGUUAUCAUAUAUUGUGGAGAGACGCUUGAAACAUCGGAAACCAAGGUUCAUUGAAAAACUUGAAUUGCAAGAAUUUUCACUAGGUGCUCGACCUCCACUUCUGGGUCUGGGGAUUCAUGGUGCUCGGUGGUCAACAGCAGGUGAUCAGCGGAUCUUGCAUAUGGGCAUUGAUUGGGACACUACUGAUAUAAGAGCAGUGUUGCUUGCUAAAUUGGGAAAGACAUUGAUGGGGACUACACGGAUAGUGAUAAACAGCCUCCACAUCAAGGGUGAUCUUAAAAUGAUUCCAGUUCUUGAUGGAAGAGCGCUUUUAUACUCAUUUGAAUCAACUCCAGAAGUUAGGAUUGGUGUUGCAUUUGGUGGAAACCAGUCUCAACCAGCAACAGAGGUGCCAGGUGUUCGUGCAUGGCUGGAUAAGCUUGCAACUGAUUCCAUCGCUAAGAGGAUGGUUGAACCUCGGAGGAAUUGUUUAUCUUUGCCAGUGUUGAACUUGAUGAAAAAAGCUGUUGGUGGUGUACUAACUGUCAAGGUGAUAUCUGGCAGCAAACUAUCCAGGAGUAACAUAAGAGGAAGCCCUUCCAGAAAACAACAAAGUUCGGUUAAAGUUGGUCCUGUGGACAAUCAUCUUGAUUACAUAGAUCUGCGCACAUUUGUAGAGGUUGAGCUCGAGGACUUAACCAGAAGAACAGAUGUUAGACCGGGAUCAUGCCCUAGAUGGGACUCAAAAUUCAACAUGACUCUACAUGAUAAUACUGGAGUUCUUAAGUUCAACUUAUAUCAAUGCAUUCCUAACAGCGUGAAAUAUGAUUUUCUAUCAAGUUGUGAAAUUAAGAUGAGAUAUGUUGAGGAUGAUUCAACUAUAUUUUGGGCAACUGGUGCCGAUUUUUCUGCAAUUGCCAGGCGCGCUGAGUUUUGUGGCAAAGAAGUUGAAAUGACAGUUCCAUUCGAGGGGAUUAAUUCUGGGGAGUUGACAGUAAAACUUAUCUUGAAAGAAUGGCAGUUUUCUGAUGGUUCUCAUAGCUCAGGCUUGUCAGAUAUUGUGUCCCAGCAAUCAAUCAGUGGCUCAUCAAAUCUUUUGCAAAGAACCGGAAGAAAAAUACACGUAACUAUUAUUGAUGGUAAAAACCUUCCUACAAAAGAUAGAUUUGGGAUGUCUGGCUCUGGCACUUACGUCAAACUACAGUACGGGAAGGCUUCUAAAAGAACGAGAACUGUUCCACAUACUUCAGCUCCGGAAUGGAAACAGAAAUUUGAAUUUGAUGAAGUUGGUGGCGAUGAGUAUCUGAAGAUAAAAUGCUUUAUUGAAGAAACAAUUAGUGAUGAGAAUAUUGGUAGUGCACGGAUAAGCUUGGAAGGACUCGUAGAAGGGUCACCAAGGGUGGUUUGGAUUCCCCUUGAAAAGGUUAGUUCUGGAGAACUGCAGCUUCAGAUAGAAGCAGUGCGAGUUGAUGAUUAUGACAGGUCCAAGAGAAAUGGAUGGAUUGAGCUUGCUCUCGUUGAGGCAAAAGAUCUUAUUGCUGCUGACCUUAAUGGAACAAGUGAUCCAUAUGUGAGGGUGCAAUAUGGAAAUUUGAAGAAAAGAACUAAGGUUAUGUAUAAAACUCUGAAUCCUCAAUGGCAUCAGACCUUAGAAUUUCCAGAUGAUGGCAGUGAUUUGUCAUUGCAUGUCAAAGACCACAACGCCUUGCUACCUACAUCCAGCAUAGGUGACUGUAUCGUCGAAUACCAGAGAUUGCCUCGAAAUCAAAUGUUUGACAAGUGGAUACCCCUUCAAGGGGUGACAAAAGGAGAGAUUCAUAUUCAAAUUACACGAAAAGAUCCCCACCUAGAGAAGAAAUCAAGCCUAGACUCCGAGCCUUCAGUUACUAAAGCACGCCACAGCAUAUCUAACCAGAUGAAGCAAUUGAUAAUCAAGCUUCAGUCCUUCAUUGAAGAUGAUGACCUUGAAGGAUUUUCAGCAUCGCUGAACGAGCUAGAAAGUCUCCAUCAAGCCCAAGAAGAAAUGAUGCUCCAGCUCGAGACUGAACAGAAUCUUCUACUAAGCAAGGUAAAUGAACUCGGCCUCGAAAUCUUGAACUCAUCGUCACCUAACUUGGCUAGAAGAACUACUUCACUUUGAUGCUGUUGUUGUCUUUGUUUAUAUGCUAUUCUUCUUCCCAUGAAAUUCAUUACCCUAUAGCCACUGCUAGUUUGUAAAAUCCAGGAAUAGAAGUUCCAAGUUAUGAGUUGUAUUUUGUGUAUUGAGGUAAGCAAAUAGAUGUGAUGUGUUUAUAUAGCCACAGAUGAAGCAAUGGCUUCAUUUAUAAGUAUUGUAAUUGUAAUUUAGGGACAUGGAGUUCAGCUCCAAUAUUAUGAUUUUAUAUUUUAUGAUGAUUUUGGACUGUACAUAAUCCAAAAUCUACUCAAGUUACUUGGA